AUGCGUGAACCACUUAUUAUUCAAAAUGGUACUGUAUUGGAAACUUUGGACAUUCCAGCGGAUUGGUGUUUCAAUAUGAAAGCAUGGCUCGAAAGUUCCACUAUGCAGAAAGAAAGCUUGGAGAUUAUGAAAAUCAAAUUCACCCAAUAUGAAAACUUCAGGUAUUCAAAAGGGACUGUAGAAAAAUCUGAACGAGUUUCCGAUUAGACUUUCUGAAAAUAUUUUCAUAAUUUUUUUUGGAAACUCUUAUCAAUAAGGCAGUAAUGUCUCUCUUAUUCAUAUUUUCUUCGCACAGUAAAAAUAUUUUGUGUAUUCAGUUUUCGUUUCAAUGGCGUCUUUACAUUGAUACUUGUCUUGCUUGGAUUAACUGGAAGUUCUCUUUUACUUAAGCAGGUAAGCUCUCAAAAAAACAUAUUUACUUAUGUUCGAACAAAAAACACGGAAGUUUUAAGAUUUAUGGAUCUCGUGUCUUCUCGAAACGUUUGGCUGUGCACUUGGGAAUGAUUUGUUUUUGGGACAUAUUGUAUCUAGUGAUAUGUUUAUCAACAUACUGUGUUCCAUCUUUGAUCUACAAUGUUACACCAAUAUAUGGCCCAAUCUCAUAUGUUCUCUAUGCUCUCCAACCUUUUGCAUCGUUCUGUGUGUCUUGCACUAUUUGGCAAAUCUUUGCAAUCACCGUGGAAAGGUAUUUAGAACAUUGUGAGUGAGAUUAGAUAUAUUAAUUUGAUUUAGAUAUCUUGCUGUCUCAUCUCCUCUUGAACAACGAACUCGGAAAGCAAAAUUUGGUGUUGGAUGGAUUUGUCUGGCGAUUAUUAUUUUUUCAUUCAUUCUUAAUCUUUUACCAGUUCCAUUUGAGAAUGAGCUUGUGAGUUUUUGAUAUAUGAAACGUUGAAUAAGCUUAGGAAAAAAAUGUUAUAGGUGGAUUGCUUUGAAGUUGACUACAAUGAUGAUGAUACUGCAACUGUGAGCUUUCAAACAAUGAUGAAACCAUUUAUCGAUCAAAAUGUCCGAAUGUAUCGCUUCUUUGUUCAUUUUUUCCCUGAUGUAUUGUUCCGCGCGCCAACUCCAAUUAUCAUUAUUGGAACUUUGACUGUUCGAACUAUCCAGGCAUGUAGCCAACGAUCAGUGGGAAACUUUCAAAUUGGAAUGAGAUUUAAUAGAAAUAUGCCACUCAGAUUAUCGGUAAAUGUUUUCUUUAAAAAAUAUAUUAUACUGACUUGCAAUUUUAAGCUUCUAAACUUCAAAUUCAUCAUUUGCAACACUUUAUAUAUGUUCAACACAAUUUUGCUGGAACUUUUAGAAUAUGGAAACAUGGAGUAAGAAAAUAAUAGGAAAAACAUUAACAUAAACAUACUGUAUUCCAGAAAUGGUGAUUAUGAUGGAUAUAUAAAUUCAUUCUACCUCACAGAUGCAUCUAAUAUGUUAUUAGCAGUUCACAGCGCAACCAAUUGGCUUCUAUUUUAUAAUUUCCCAAGCUGCAAAGUAUGUUUUCCUCCAAUUCUAUUUAUAAUCACAAGUUAUACUCAUCAAAAACCACGAUUUGUACUAUAAUGUGUUCUUUUUCUUUUUCAGAAGAAAGAUUCGGUCAGCAUGACAUUGUCAACAUCGGUUAAACACAAUUCCAUCAAAUAUCGCGUGGCUGACCAUAUCAGCAAAAACGUUCAUCAAAAUUCGACAGUUUUGGGAAUAGACAUCAUUCGAAAGGUUUUGUGUUAUUUUUUCUAGUUCAAUAAGAUCAUAUAUAAUUCGUUUAAUUAUAGUUAUGCGAUGACAUUCCUGAAGUGAACGAAUUGAUUUUCAAAGACUUGGAAAAAGAAAAAGAUAAAAAUGAACGUAUUUCGUUGAUUGGAUUAGAAAUUGGACACUUCAUCAAUCAUAUCUUCAAAUGGUACUUAUAUCACGUUUCAAACUUUGAUGAAUGUUUUUUUGCAGGUUUGGAGAUCGUAACAAACGAAACAACAAAAGAAUAAUGUACAAACAAUUCACUGAUGGAGUGAUUCGCAACAAAUUGAACUUCAAAGCCAAAGAAUGGAAAAAUAUUCGAAGCAUUGUUGUUGAAAUCAUUGUUUUGCAUGUGGUUUCUCCAAUUGAAAAGUGAUUAGUUUUACUUUUUUUCGGUUAUCAAAUUAACUGUUUUUUUUUCUUUUGCAGUCCAAAAAACAACCAUAAGAAUCACAAGGCCUUUUCACGUGUCGAAAUCGAAGAAUGUACUACAAGAAUUUUCAAUCAUGUGCUCAGCGAAAUGCGAAGUGGUGUACUUUGUGCCAAUGUUGAGGAAAAACAGAAAGUGAGCAUAGAUAUAUUUUUCAAAUCAUUUUUGAAUAUGAAAUUAGCUUCAUAAGAAAAAAACGCAAGCUAAAAGUGCAUGAUGAAUCAAAACUCUGGAAUGAAAAUGAGUAAAUACAAUUAGUGAUUUAUGUUGAGAAGUUGCUUUUUGAGUGGAUUCGAAAUUCAAUUUUUUCUCUUUCCUUUUCAAGUUUUGAACAUCGAUCUUUGCAAAUAAUGACCUUAUGUUUUGCAGAAAUGGAAAUUUUUCUUUAAGAAAAAAAAUUAUUUAUGAGGAACUGAAGCGGAACUUUUUUGAAAGUUAUUUUUCUGUCUUUAACAAGUCACAUAACAAAACAUUUUUUGCAGGCUUCUCGAUGUGAAAGAUUUGUGCGAUCGAAUUCAACAAACGCUUCUGAACUCAACAAUCCACUUCUUCGUGAACCACCAAGAAAAUCACAAUCUGUCUCAAUGAAAUUCCAAUACUCUUGUUCUUCUGUAGAUUCUGUUCAUUUGAACGCUGAAAGCCAACAAUUAAUUGAAAAUCUUUAA